AUGAUUCAAAGUACAGGAAUAAAAAAAUUAGGGUUUUAUCACCAACGAAAAAUUCCUCGGACUCCUUUUCACGUUGUGGAUCCGAGCCCUUGGCCGGUUUUGAUAAGAAUUGGGUUGUGAGGAUUGGCUACAAUUUUUAUUUGUUGGGUAAAUAAGGUGGAUUACGGUCAACUGUUUUGGGGCGUGCUUAUUAUGGCAAUAACGGUUUAUGGGUGAACUCGAGAUAUCGUUAAUGAGUCUACUUUUCAAGGUUUUCAUACAAAAAAAGUUCAGAUAGGAAUUUCUUUGGGUUUUAUUUUAUUCUUAGUUUCUGAGCUUAUGCUAUUUUUUUCUUUUUUUUGGGCAUUUUUUCACAGUUCUAUGUCCCCUUCUGUUGAGAUUGGAUGUUGUUGACCUCCCGUAGGAAUUGAAUGUCUUGACUGAAGAAAAGCCCCUCUACACAACACAGCUUUAUUGGUAGCUUCAUCUUGCACUGUAACAUCUAGGCAUAAAUAUCUUAAAGAUGGAAAUUUUACGCAUGCAGUUGCAUUGCUGAUUAUAACAGUUUUUUUAUCUGGUUUUUUUGUAAAAAACCAAUAUGAUGAGUACUCUUGGGCUUCUUUUUCAAUUGCUGACGGAGUAUACGGCAGAGCUUUCUUUAUAUUAACCGGUCUUCACGGUAUGCAUGUAAUUGGCGGAACGUGUGGCUUGUUGUAUUCUUUAGUUCGGCUUUUAUUACGUCAAUUCUCUACUCGUCGACAUUUGGGGUACGUUUUAGCUAUUUGGUACUGACAUUUUGUAGAUAUCGUAUGACUUGCUUUGUUUUUUAUUAUCUAUAUCUGAGGCUCUUAA